UAACUUUCGUUAUUCAGCUUCCAUCCAGCCUAUUGAGUAGGGUCAUACAGUGAAAUGGCCGUCAACCCUUUAAAAUUUUACCAAAAUGCGGUCUACCAUCUUGACCAUGUGAAAACACAAUACGUGAACUUCAUGAAAUCGAUGAACAUACCAAAAAAUAGACCAUUAAGUGUUUUGGACAUCGGACUUGGAAGUGGUCGGGUGUUUUACGAGGUGCUUCUACCAUUAUUACCGAAAAAUGUUUCCGAGAUCAUCGGCAGUGAUAGGGAGAUCGAAAUGAUCGAUUUCUGUCGAUCAAUGAAUGAAGAUCCAAGAAUUACAUUCGAAAAACUUGAUAUUACUGACGAAAAUUUACCAAACCAUCUACAAAAAAGGUUCGAUCUGGCAUUUUCGUCUUAUUGUUUCUCCUACCUGAGGGAUUUGAGACACGGAUUCAAAAACACUGGCAAGUUACUGAAACCGGAUGGAGAACUUUUGAAUAUGUUCCAGUAUAAGAAGAAUGGCAUGUAUACAACUUACAGAAGACUGAGUAAAAUAGAAAAGUGGAGACCAUAUACAGAGAAUUACGCUAAUUAUACUACUAAUUUAACUGGCCCAACCCCUGAGGUAGAGCUGGAGAAAAUAUUCAAGGACAUUGGAAUGACCCUUUUGAAAUAUAAAUUCUUUCCAGAGUAUCACAUGGAUAUGACCAAGAGAAAUAUUUUAGAGGCAUACGUAUCAUUAGAUAAAGUAUACUGGGAAGUUCCGAAACAUCAACAAGAGGAAUAUAGGAAGGAUUUCAUGGCAAUUUUCAGCGAAGAAGUUGAGGUUGAUUUCGAUGACGAAGCAACUCUUGAACAAGUAAUAGAAUUCAAUUUCCCCACAGUAAUUGUUCACGCCAGAAAUUAGAGAAUUUUUAUUUGAA